UCUCUUUCAAAUCCCAUCUUGCUUAUGUUUUGAUCUUGUAAUAAAAAUUUCUUGCCUGACCUUUUUUAUCAAUUUUUCAGAAUUUGCACCAACAAAAACUCGAAGUUUCUUAGAUUCUGGGAUAAAAUGGUGGGACUUCCCUAGAGAUUACAGUUGAGUACUUUAGCUAUAUCUCGGAUGUUUUUGCGACUUCUUCUCUAUUUUGUUAAGAUGAUGGACUUCUAUCUUUCCCAAUAUGAGAUGCAGAGCGGUACUGGAACAGAGAAUCUUAAGAAUCAGGAUACUAUACUCAGUGUCACUUCUGGCGUGUUGCAUUUUAUCGGUGAUUCAUUGGUUCCUGAUACCAUUGAUAAAAACUUCCUUAAGGGUGCCAAAGUUCUCCAACAAGUUGAUAAGAAGUUUAUUCCGAUUGUGGCAAGCACAACACCUGCUAUAAUUGAUCAGUCAUUGUUCGUGAUGUAUUUUACAACGAACCAGUUCAAACCGAAAGAAGGUCUUGCAUUCUCUGAAAGAGUCUCUGCCAAGAAUCACCCUUGUGCAUCCCAGUGUCUCUUUCAAAAUUGCUGA